GCUCUCCCGCACGGCACAGCGCAACUCGACACCGCACCAGCUGCGCCCACGCACGUACGCGCCGCGCCCCGUGCCCCGGGGGCUUUCCAAUCCUUUCCACGCUGUCGCCGCGCGCGCUCUCCUGCGCUGCUCCGUCCGUCCCCCCUUCCGGCGUUCACACCGCCUGCUCAGCCUCGCGUCUUACAAAGAGGCGCAGGUGCGUACCCUCCGAUCCCCCUGAGAGGCGGCACGGCGGAGAGAGCGGCGGCGGCGGCGCGAGAAGCUGCUCGUGUCGGCGACUCGAUUCGAAAGCCGCCGGCUUUCGCAGAGCUGCUGCUGCUGCAGCAGCAGCAGCUUGUGCCGCGGGGGGCCAUGAGCUGCCUGGGCUGGUUCAAGCGGAGGUCGAGGAGCGGCGGGGCGUCGUCGGGGAAGCGCGGGGCGUCGGCGCCGCCGUCGUCGGGCCCGGCGACCACCACGACGACGACCACGGUGUCGGGGGUGAGCACGAGCCGGUCGGACGACUCCGGCGCGGUGCGGCCGGUGAGCAAGUCGGCGGGGUCGGCCGCCUCGUCGCAGUCGCAGCGGAGCAUCUCGUCGCUGUACGAGGAGCGGGGCCACGGCCAGCUGCGAGUGUUCGACUACGAGGAGCUCCGGGCCGCCACCGCCGACUUCGGCCGCGCGCAGAAGCUCGGCGAGGGCGGCUUCGGCAGCGUCUACAAGGGCUUCGUCCGCGCGGCCGACGGCAAGGGGGACCGCAUCCCCGUCGCCGUCAAGAAGCUCAACCAGCGCGGCCUGCAGGGACAUAAGCAGUGGUUGGCAGAAGUACAGUUUCUUGGUGUUCUGGAGCACCCAAAUCUUGUAAAGUUACUUGGAUAUUGCGCCGUUGACUCCGAAAGAGGGCCACAAAGAUUGUUGGUGUAUGAGUUUAUGCCGAACAAGAGCUUGGAAGACCACUUGUUCAGGCGAGCUAAUCCUCCUUUAUCGUGGAACAAAAGGCUUCAAGUUAUCUUGGGUGCUGCCGAAGGAUUGGCCUACCUGCAUGAAGGGGUAGAAGUUCAGGUAAUCUACCGGGACUUCAAGACGUCGAACAUUUUACUGGACAAGGACUUCAGAGCCAAGCUGUCAGACUUCGGGCUAGCCAGGGAAGGACCAACUGGAGCAAACACCCACGUCUCGACUGCGGUCGUCGGGACGCAAGGGUACGCGGCGCCGGAGUACGUCGACUCGGGGCACCUGACGGCGAAGAGCGACGUGUUUAGCUUCGGCGUGGUGCUGUACGAGAUCCUGACGGGGCGGCGGUCCCUGGACCGGAACAAGCCGGCGGCGGAGCAGAAGAUGCUGGAGUGGGUGGCCCAGUUCCCGCCGGACAGCCGCAACUUCCGGAUGAUCAUGGACCCCAGGCUCCGCGGCGAGUACUCGGCGAAGGCCGCGCGGGAGAUCGCCAAGCUGGCCGACAGCUGCCUGCUCAAGAACGCCAAGGAUCGGCCCACCAUGGGCGAGGUGGUCGAGGUGCUCAGGCGCGCCGUGCAGGCGGCCGAGCCGGAUAGCCGGUCACCCGGUGCCGGCGCCGUCAGGGGGAGGAGAGGCGACGCGGCCGCGCCGUCCAGGAGGUGAUUGCUAUUGCUAUGCCACGGUGUCAUCGCCGGCAAAGGCUCUGGUUGGCUUGAGUCGAAGCUAGCUGGUCAUGGAACGAUGGAAGGGAGACUGAUAUGCGGCUGUCGUCAGACGUGACACUGACAGCACACAGAGAAUGUUAGUUUUGGGUCUGUGUCGGUGAGUGGCGGGGGCUUACAAAUAUUUUUCUGGCACAUUACUUGGACAAAUAGAGACGAUUCGGCGGAUUGAAGUUUUAGUUUUCUUUUCCCUUUCCCUUUCGAAAGUGAGAAUUUUAGAAGAAUUUUGCACCGGCUCUAAAAAAAGAAUGAAUUUUGCACUGGGUUU